AUGCCGUACUUUGACCACAGCAUGGCGACGAGCAUCGCCGCCGACCCGAACGCUUCGAUGACCUCGAAGAAGGAGGCCGGCAAAGUGAUUCGCAACGUGCCCACCGAUAAGUGCUCCGCCUCAAACAAGGAACCGGAGGCGGCUCCCGACGAAAAGAUCACCGCCAAGUACAAGGUCGACGUCGAUGUGAAGAAGCUGACACAGAUGAAGGACCUCCUCAAGGCAGAGGUAGAAGCGCUGAAGAAGGGCGAGGGCGCCCAGCCGACCAAGGACAACAAAGAGUACGAGGACUUCACCAUCGACCGGAAGACCGUCCUCGUGAAGGGCAAAGACUCGCAGCUGCUGGAGACGAAGAGCAAGAAGUACGCCACCAUUCCGCUGGCCUGUCGCGUCUACGAGUCUAAGGUGGGCAUCGCCGCCGACGCCGAGUACCUGAAGAUGCUGCGUCAUCUGGGCAAGAAGCAUGCCUCCAUUGCACACACAUGGGGCGUCUUCAUUGACGACUCGAAAAACAUCGAGAUCAUCCAGGGCUACGCGAGCAACGGUCCCCUGGAGAAGCUGGCCACUGACAAGCAGCUGGAGGAGCUGGACAUUGCCGUCUACGGGUGGCAGCUGCUCCGAGGCAUGGACUUCAUGGGCGACAUUGGCAUCGUCCACCGGGACAUCAGCCCAAAGAACAUCGUCCUCGGCCCGGCAAAGGAGUACAACGCCCUGAAGAUCAUCAACUUUCGCAAGGCGGUUAUCUACUGGAGCAUCGACGACACCGACAUCAGCUUCCAGCCGUGUGUGGCGGCGGAGCAGCAGGCAAAAGACGGCGCCAACUACCAGGCCCCCGAGGUGUACGGCGACCCGAAGAAGGAGGAGUUUGACCCGGUGGUUGCCGACACGUGGUCUUUCGGUGCG